AUGACGGAUAGUUUAUCAUCAAAAUCACCAACAUCACAUUAUACAUCAUCAUUUGUUGCAACUAAUUCAUCUAAACAUCGUUCAAAUUUAUUUAUGUUUGCUAAUGGUGAUCGAUAUGAUGGUGAAUAUAUACUUACGGACGAAGAUCAAAUUAUGCGUCAUGGUCAUGGUAAACAUAUAAGUGCUGAUCAACAACUUAUUUAUGAAGGUACAUGGAAUCGAGAUAAAAUGCAUGGAACAGGACGAUUAACUUAUGGAAAUGGAGCAUCAUAUGAUGGAGAAUUUCAAUCAAAUUAUUUUGAAGGUUUAGGUACAUAUACAUGGCCAGAUGGAGCACAAUAUACAGGCAUAUGGCAAGGUUCAAGAGCGAUAGGUAAAGCAGAAUAUACAGGACCAGAUUUGGGUGUACCAUUUGUUGGUACAGCUAAUGGACAAAUAGCACAUAUGCGAUUUAAAGUGAAAAUUACUAUCGGCGUAUUCGGUCUUGAUAAUGCCGGUAAAACAUCAACUGUUAAAGCAAUUGAAGGCUCUCGAACAAAAACUGUUGUACCAACAGUUAAUACAAAUACAUCAAUGGUUCCAUAUCCAACAACAACGAAACGUGAUGAAAAAUCUCAGGAACGUAUUAAAAUAAUUGAUGUAAGUGGUGCAAGAAAAUUCCGUGAAGAAUCAUGGUCUGAUUAUUAUGAUGAAAUACAUGGUUUAAUAUUUGUUAUUGAUGCAAGUGAAAAAAAACGAAUGAGAGAAAAUAAAAAUACACUUGAUGAUUUACUCUACAAUGAUAAACUUCGAAACAAACCCAUACUUAUUUUGGUAAAUAAACAAGAUGUCAAAGGAGCUUUAGAUGAUGAAGAUGAAAUCAAAGAAAAACUUGAAAUUGAAGAAUUAAAAAUAAAACAUAAAAUUGGAUUCUGUACGGCAAUACCAAAUAAAGAUAAAGGUGAAGAUUCAAUUCGAGCAGGAUUUGCAUGGUUAAUAAAAACAAUUGAAGAUAACUAUACGGAUAUAAAUUCACGUAUUAUUAAUGCAAAAAAUUCUCGUCAACCAAAACCAAUUGAAAGAAAAAAUCAAAAAUUCGAUGAAUCAGAUAGUGAUAAUGCAGUUGUAUAUCACAAAAAACGAUCAUUAUCACCACCAUUAAAUAAAUUUAAUACAGAUUAUCGUUCAAUAACUAAUUCAACUAGAUUACCAGCUUUAGAUUUAAAUAAAACAAAACCAAAAACAUCAGGUCGUGAAACAUAUAGUGAAGAUGAUGAUGACGAUGAUGAUGUUAAUAAUAUUCGUUCUCGUUUACGUCCAGUUGUUUCGCCUAUUAAUUCCGAUAAUACAACUCGUAAUCGUUCAUUAAAUCAAUUAAAUACAUCAACAACAAAUACAUUGAAUAAGAAAAAAAAACUUACUGGUCCUCCUAGUAGUAAUAAAAAUACAUUAAUUAAAAAAUCAAAUGAUAAUGAACCAAAAUCAUAUCGAGCACCAUAUGAACCAUUUCCUGAAGAAGUACCAUUUUCAUCAUCAACUAAAAAAACAACACCUACUGAUGAUAUCAUGUCUAAAACAUUUACAAAAUCAUCAAUCACAAAUGAUCCAACAAAACGUCAUAUGAGUCCUCUUGUUCAUGAUACAAAAUCUUAUAAUAGUAGUUCAAUAUCAAAAGGAGUUAAUUAUAGUGAUGAUGAUGAUGAUGACAAAAAAUAUCUAUCGUCUUUAUCAAAAAAUAAACCAUUCUCAACUUCAAAAAAACCAACAUCAGGUGUUUAUGGCGCUGACGAUGAUGAUGAUGACGAUAAAAUAAAUAAUAAAAUGAAUCGUCGUCCAUUUGGAACGACUCCGACAACAACAACAACAACAACAAGUACAACAAAGAAAUUUCAAAAACAUGAUGAUGAUGAUGAAAAUGAUUAUUCAAAAAAAACAACAUUGAAAACAUCAAAAAAUUUUGAUUCAGAUGAUGAUGAUGAUGAUAAGAAGAAGAACGAUAAUAAAACUUAUCAAGGUCCGUUAGAUCGUUAUAAUCUUAAUAAUGAUUAUCGUCGAAUAACAUCAAAACCACCAGCAUCUCCAUCAAUAACAACAAAUCGAACAAAAAAUAAUGAAGAUGAUUUUCCUUCAACAUCAUUAUCAAAGCCUUUAAAUCGUUCGAAAUUCAACAAUGAUAAUUAUUUAUCAACAUUAUCGAAGCCAACAAGUCGUUCGAUAACGGAAGAUGAUAAUGAUCGUCCUUUAACUACAUCGAAAUCAAAUAUAUAUUCUAAAUACAAUGAUGAUGAUGAUAAUUUUAAUCAAAGACAAAAAAAUAAAUCAACAAUUCCAUCAAAAAAUCGAUUUGAAGAUGAUGAUGAUGAUAAAAAAUAUCCAUCGUCUUUAUCAACAAAUAAAUCGUUAGCAACUUCAAAAAAACCAACAUCAGGUAUUUAUGGUGCUGACGAUGAUGAUGAUGACGAUAAAAUAAAUAAUAAAAUGAAUCGUCGUCCAUUCGGAACGACUCCGACAACAACAACAACAAGCACAGCCAAGAAAUUUCAAAAACAUGAUGAUGAUGAUGAUGAUGAUGAAAAUGAUUAUCCAAAAAAACCAACAUUGAAAACAUCAAAAAAUUUUGAUUCAGAUGAUGAUGAUGAUUAUAAUAAGAAGAAAGAUACUAAAACUUAUCAAAGCUCACCAGAUCGUCUUAAUCUCAACAAUGAUUAUCGUCGAAUAACAUCAAAACCACCAGUAUCUCCGUCAAUAACAACAAAACAAAUAAAAAAUGGUAACGAUGAUUUUCCAUCAUUAACGUCGAAAUAUGGAACUCGUUCAAAAUAUGAUAAUGAUUAUUCAACAUCAUCAGUAUCAAAACCGACAACUCACGUCAAAAAUAAUGAUGAUGAUGAUGAUGAUGAUGAUGAUGAUUAUAAAUCUAAAUCAAAACCUAAAGUGCCUUCGAAAUACAAUAAUGACGAUGGUCUUCCAUCUUCAUCAUCGAGAUAUGGAACUCGUUCGAAAUAUGACAAUGAUUAUUCAACGUCAACAUCAACAAAACCAACAACACAUUCGAAGUAUAGCGACGAUGAUAAUCCAUCCUCGUUAUCAAAAACAAUGACAAAAUCAAAAUACGGACAUGAUGAUCGAUCACCUUCACCUCCAAGAUCAACAUCACUUUCGAAAAAACCCGAUGAUAAGGUUCCGUUAUCAUCAUCAAAACUAACUGCACGAUCUAAAUAUGAAGAUGAUGAUGAUGAUGAUGAUGAUCGCCCAUCGUAUCCUCCAAAAACAUCAACUCGUUCUAAAUAUGACGAUGAUAAUAAAUCUGGUUCUCCUGUGAUAUCAAAAUCUCGUUCUAAAUUUGAAGAUGAUGAAUAUCCAUCAUCAUUAUCUAAAGCAGUACCAAAUUCAAAAUAUGAUGAUGAUGAUCGUCCAACAAAUUCACCGAGAUUAACAUCUCGUUCAAAAGUUCUCGAUGAUGACUUUCCAUCAUCAUCAUCAAAGAAAAAUAAUUAUUCAUCACAUGAUGAUGAUUUUAGUGGUAGAGGUGGUGUACGACCUCGUUUUGGAUAUGAUGAUUUCGAUUCAUCCAAAGCAGGAUUCAAUAGUGCUCGAGCAGGUUCAGCUUCAGCUAAUCGAUUUCGACCGAGUACAAAUUUUGACACUUGA